UCAUUAUUAGUUGCAAUAGCAGCCAUGGCGGCGGAUACUCCACCAAUAGCCCGGCGGGGUUGCGAGGACAAAUGCGGAGAUGUGACCAUACCCUACCCAUUUGGCAUCAGAGAAGGAUGCUUCAUGGAUCCUAGUUAUCUUAUUACAUGCAAAAACCGGAAUAGCAGCACCCACAUCAAAGCCCCCUUUAGAGGAAAUGGUAGUCAUGAGGUUCUUCAGAUAUCAUACCCGAAAGCCCAAGUCAGAGUGGUUGGGGGUGCUUAUCUUUCUGUGAUUUGUAAUGCAUCUACAGAAGAUAAGUUUAGAGUAGGAACCUAUGUUCUGGACCAAUCAUCCCCAUUCACAUGGUCAGCUAGCAGCAACUUGUUCAGAGCCAUCGGAUGCAACAUCGUGGCCUACGUAAAGGGCCAAAACUUUACUAGUGCGUGUGUGUCUCUAUGUGAUAACCUGCCACUUGAAGUGACAAACGGGCCUUGCUCUGGAAUUGGUUGUUGCCAAACCUCUAUUCCUCCAGGCCUCAAAACUCUUAAUAUUAAGCUUAUGGGUAUAGAUAGUAAUAAUAAAUCUAAGAAUUGGAAGUCCACCCCUUUCAACUUUGCUUUCUUGGGCGAUCAAAGCAGGUUCUCCUAUUCUUUAACAGCUGAUUUAGAUGGAUUACGAUUGACUGAUGGUCUUCCGGUGGUGUUGGACUGGGCUAUUGGGAAUCAGACAUGUCAUAAAGAUUCUUAUGCAUGUGGUCUAUAUAGCCAUUGCUUUGAUUCAACCAAUGGCCCUGGCUAUCGAUGUAACUGCACUGAUGGUUUUGAAGGCAACCCUUAUCUAGGAUGCCAAGACAUUAAUGAAUGUGAGACUGGAGAUAAUCACUGCCAUGAUAGUGGUAAGUGCAAAAAUAUGAUUGGGAGUUACGAGUGCUACUGUCCACAAGGUUACCAUGGCGAUGGCUGGAAACAUGGGACUGGCUGCAAAGAGGACUUAAAACGCGUUCCGCUGAUAAAAAUUAUUGCAGGUGUUGGUGUAAGUUUUAUGUUUGUAUUUGCCUGUUCUUAUUUUUCAUACUGGGGAAUCCAGCGAAGAAGAAUCAUCAAAUGUAAAGAAAAAUUCUUUCAACAAAAUGGAGGCUUGCUAUUACAGCAACAAAUUGCUUCCCGUAAGGGUGUCACGGAAAUUGCUGGGAUUUUUACCAUGGAACAGCUAGAGAAGGCAACCAACAACUUUGAUAAGAGUCGGAUAGUUGGCCAAGGAGGGUAUGGUACGGUUUUUAGAGGAUUUUUAUCAAAUGGAAAAGUAGUGGCAAUUAAGAAAUCCAAAAUAAUGGAUAAAGGCCAAAUUAUACAAUUUAUCAAUGAGGUUGAUAUCCUUUCUCAAAUCAACCACAGAAAUGUGGUGAAGCUCUUGGGUUGUUGUUUAGAAACAGAGGUUCCAUUGUUGGUUUACGAGUUCAUUUCUAAUGGAACCCUCUUCCAACAUAUCCAUAAUGAGAACCAAGCAGUGUCUAUUUCAUGGGCUAAUCGUUUAAGAAUUGCUGCAGAAAUAGCUGGAGCACUGGGAUAUUUGCACUCUGCCCAUUCAAUACCCAUCCUCCAUAGGGAUGUCAAGUCUUCCAAUAUACUUCUAGAUGAUAAUUACAUGGCUAAAGUAUCUGAUUUUGGAGCUUCAAGAUUGGCUCCUUUGGAUGAAGUUCAAGCCACAACAUUACUUCAAGGAACCUUAGGUUACUUAGACCCAGAAUGCUUUCAUACAGGUCAACUAAUUGAUAAGAGUGAUGUUUAUAGCUUUGGUGUUGUCCUUGUUGAGCUUUUGACAGGGAAAAAUCCAAUUCUAUCAGAAGGACCUGAGGAACGUAAAAGCCUUGCAAUGCAUUUUGUUUCUUCCGUGAAAGACGGCAAUCUUUUUCAGAUUCUUGACUACCAUGUAGUGAAUGAGGGAGAUAGAGAACAGUUAGUUGCAGUUGCUGAGCUUGCAAGAAGAUGCUUGAAGGUUAAAGGAGAAGAUAGGCCAACAAUGAAAGAAGUUGCAAUGGAGCUUGAUUCACUGAGGAUGUUGUGUGAGUACCCAUGGAUACAACAUAAAUACGAGGAAAGUGAGCUUUCUUAGUGGACCAUCAACAAGUUCUACUGCCAAUGAGACUGCUGGUCAAGAGUCUUCACUAGGGGAUUCUAUCAUGCUAGCAUUGGAGAUUUCUCAUUGAAUAUUCAGCACUAGUAGGUGAUCUUUCAGUUCUUUUGUAGUGACCAUGCAUGGUUUGUAAUAUUGUAGACCUAUGUGGCUGUAAAACAUUAUAUAAAUUUUAUGGGAG